AUGUUUAACGAUGGUGAUGAUGAUCGAUCUGGCACAUAUAUGUCAAACGGAGCAAAUAACCUGGCUGAAUUAAACCAACACAACACACCACUAGAUGGUGAUCUGUUAAAACCAUUAUGUCAUCAUCCAAAAAGAUUAAUAGGGAGAAGUAUUGAGUCACUAACACCUUCAGACUUUUUCUGUGGUACACCAAAACUUCAAGUUGUUGAAGUUGACUUAGGACAGUUAACAGACUUUUACGGUAGACAAAAUUAUGGAAUCAAGCAAAUAUCAGUGAAUUCAGAAGAAGAAAACAAUACUUCUUUAACUGUAACUGUCAGAUGUCAUGUUAAAGGUUCACCAGAACUUCAGAUUGACUGGUAUCGUCCUGCCCUUUAUAGUAAUGAUACUAUUACUGAUCAAAAAUCAAAUUUUCAGUCUAAUUUAUUUACUCAGAUACAGGAUCACCAACAAUUUAUUCGCAUUCCUAACACAAAACUUCUCAGAUCUGGUGGGAUUGAAUUAAAAUUAAGUCGACAAAUUAACUUAAAAAAUGAAAAUGAAAUCAAAGGAAAAAACAAUGGAUUCAAGUCAUCAUCAACAAUUGAAAAAUUAAUUUGCUUCGCUACAGACUCAAAUGGGAAUACAAGCGCUGAGAUAGUCUUUCACUGGCCAACUUUUGAGAAUUUACAAAUUAUAUCAGCUAAUGCGAUGAAUAUGCGGACAAAACUAAAAUCUCCUCAAAAUGAUGGUAAAGAUGUUGGUGAAAAUAAUGUAUAUGCAGAUAAAAGUAGGAUAAAUAAGGAUCGUUCGUCGGGUAAUUAUGAACUUACACCUGGAUGGUACACAGUUCUUCAAGAUGAUCCAGAAAAUAUGUUGUUUCAGAAACAAUUCUCUGUACUUGAAAUGAUCGGGGCUGUUGUUGGAACAUUCACUGCAACUUUAACCUUCUUUGUAUUUGGAUACUGUCUACUACGAUUUCAUAGACGAAGUCGUUAUAAAGUUCGUUCGAAAAUUCUGUUACACCACACCACAUCGGAAAACUCCUAUCGUAAUUUUUCACCAGCUUCUGAAAAUUUGAAGUCACCACCCUAUUCAGUAACUAAUAAUCACAUACCUAGCAAUGAUAGUAAUAACAACAAUAUAUCAUAUUCUGUUGGUGCUGUGCCGAAUACUUUGAUGAAUUCUUAUACAACAAGUAACUUUCUAACAAGGAAUGGAACACCAGUAAAUGAGUUCAGUGGAAUGAAACGUCUGCCGUACACAACAGCGACUUAUGAACCAAUAAACUGCUCCGGUGAUUUUCCGACAUCUACAGGAUAUUCUGAUUCACAAACGUACGACUUACCACAAAUCCUUCCAACUCAUUCACCGCCAGCAAUACCACUACCUCCCUUACCAAAUGGCUUUAUGAAUAGCAAUGGUAGGUCCUCUGCUAUUGGCCGAACUAAUGAGAAUGAACGUGAAAAUGGUAACAGCAGUGAUAAUAAUAUACCGCUUUUAAUGACAACUAUGCCUUAUAUGACAACAUCACCAUCUGUAAAUGACGUAAACCGAUGCGUAGAUGCAUCAGUACUAUCCCCAUUACUUAUGAACGAUUCAAGAACUUUAUCUGCAGCCAUGUCAGCUGCUGCUGCGGCAGCCACAUUGAACUUACAUAUGAAGCAACAACAGAACUCACAAAAUCAACAGUUCAACACGAAUAAUAAGCAUCUUGUUCAGCAAAAUCAGUACUUCACUCAGAGUACUACAAAUGAUAAUAUCCUAGUACAGAAUCAAUUGCUAGACCUUAUCACUCGUCAAAAUCUGCUCAGUCGCCAACUACGUGAUACACAACAUUGA